UUGGACGCCAUUAGUGUUCUGCAUCUCAGCAUGGAGGAUAUCUACGUCAGGCAUGUGGAGCUGCUGGGCUACGAGAAACGCUUCUUCCCGAGUCAGCACUACGUGUACAUGCUGAUGGUGAAAUGGAGUGACCUCUCCGAGAAGCUGAUCUACAGGACGUAUCCUGAAAUCUACACUUUCCACAAAUCUUUGAAGGACAUGUUUCCCAUCGAGUCGGGUCAAAUAGAAACCAGAGACAGGAUCAUCCCCUCGCUGCCAGCUCCCCGGUGGUUGUGGGACAGCGAGAAGUCAAGAGAAACCAGGAAGAGCACCCUGGCUGAGUACUGCCAAACACUCAUCAACCUGCCGCCUCACAUCUCCCGCUGCAAACACCUCUCCAGUUUCUUAAAGGUCCGACCAGAGGAUGAAAACCCACCAGCUCCAAACACGCUGAAGAGAGCUGAGACAUUUGUGGUGUCCAGAGAUCAAGCAAGAGGUGUCGCUUCUGAGAUUUCCGCCCCCAUCAUCUUGGACACCUACAGAGUGAUCGCAGACUUCGAAAAGACAUCCAAACACGAGAUCACUCUGCACACUGAUGACCUGGUGGAAAUCGUGGAGAAAAAUGAGAACGGUUGGUGGUUCUGUCAGUGUGAAUCAAAGCGAGGCUGGAUUCCUGCGUCCUACCUGGAACCUCUGGAUGGACCGGAUGAGGUUGAGGAUGCUGACCCCAACUAUGAAGGAGAGGAGUACAUCACCAUUCAGGCCUACAAGGCAGAGCAGGAGGAUGAGAUUUCUCUGGUGGUCGGUGAAACUGUUGAAGUCAUUCACAAACUUCUGGAUGGCUGGUGGGUUGUCAGGAAAGGAGAUGAGAAUGGAUACUUCCCCUCCAUGUUCCUGUCAAAGGCCGGAAAGAGACAGAGCUCAAACCUGGGUCAGCAGAAACCGCCACCUCGCAGGUCCACCAUCAGAAAUGCCAAGAGCAUCCAUAACAAGUCUCGCCAGCGACUCAGCCAGGACACCUACCGCCGGAACAGCCGCCGGUACCUCCAGCAGAAAGGCAACCGCCUCAGCGAACCGAGGAAGAACUCCAUGAACGCAGAAAAGUCACCACUGAAGGAGAGGAAGAACCAGGAUAAUAUUCCCGAGAUGUCCGACUCCAGCUCAGAGAGCGAGCUGAAGAAGGAGGUUCCAGUCAUCCCUCCUCGACCCAGCCCGGAGCUCAUCCUGGAACGCUGCACCGACAACACCCGCAAGAAAGUCAGCAUUCACAAGUCACAUUCCAGCUCCUCAAGCUAGUGCAAAAAAAGUCACAGCGAAGCAGUCCUUAGAGAGCCUUUUUCUUUUAUUCUUUGAUUUGAUGGAUUUUUUUGAUCUUUGCAGGGGUCAAAGGUGGUCAGUUUUUGAAGAUGUUAAUGUUUCAGCCUUUAAAAUAUACUAUAAGGUGCAGAUAUAAGGUGCUAGACAUGUUCUGUAGUUUUCUGAUUGUCACCAAAUGCAUGAAAAGACCAAAACCAACACAUGUGUCAGCAAUGCUUUAUCCAAUGCUUUGUGAAGACCUAACUUAUUCAGGGUUACAAACUUCUCCUCACCUUAUUUCAUUUUAAGAGGAAACAGGUGCAUUUGUUGGGAACUAUUUUCAGUGGUGUAGUAAUGCAUAUUUAUUUACUGAUCUCUUGGGGAUUUCUAGCAGCUGGAUGGUCAAAAUGAAUGGAAUGAUGGAAAACUUACCCAGAGAGGUGUUUUUAGUUUAGGCAGCAGUACAUUUUGCUUUGACCUUUAUUUUUUAAAGGGUUCUAUUCUGUUCAUUUCCAGCAACAUAUUUUAUAUCUUUGGCCUCUCAGUUUUGCAUAAUUCAAGGUCCAAAAUAGUCCUUAUUUGUCUUAUACUGGGCUUGGGUGCAGCUCCCAAGUUCCUCUGUCUGAGUCAAGCUGUUUUAGCUCCUUCCCCUUUAAGCCAGUGUUUUUCUGAUUGGCUGUCUCUAACAGGUCUGAAUAACAGGUGAGUAGGACUACAUUGGGGAUAUCUUCUGUCUGUGACAUCAUACAGAUCCAAGAGUAGAAAAACUGUUUAGAGCAGCGUGAAGCCUGCUCAUCCCCACAUACUUGUUUAAAGGAGGUCUAUUAUGGUUCUCCAAAAUAAAUAAAUAUUUUGAUGCCAUGAGUUAGUCAUAUCAAGAAAAACAGCUUGUUGAUUGUGAUCCACCUAUGCUAUAAAUGUUUGGAUUUGGAAAUUCAGUGAGAAAGACAGAACCAUCUCUCUGCAGGGCAUAUUUUUAAUAUUUGACCAGGGGAAAAAAAGGGACCUUAAGGGCAAUUUUUUGUUUUUGUUAACUUAUGGUAAUUAUCAUAUCCAUGAAAGAAAGCUGUCACAGCAAAACUCCACAUUUAAUGUUUCCUUCCUUUAUUUGCUUCCUGUCCUUUUUAGACUGUCUGCGCUAAAUGAA